AUGAAGAAGGUCAUGGGCGAGCUCAGCGGCAAGAACAUCGAAGAUGUGAUUGUGCAAGGGAGCAGUAAGCUGGCCUCCAUGCCCUCCGGUGGUGCUGUUGCUGUUGCUGCCAGUGCUGGUUCUGCUGCCCCAGCUGCUGCUGGUGCUGCUACUGCUGCUGUAGAGGAGAAGAAGGAAGAAAAGAAGGACAAGUCAGAAGAGUCUGAUGAUGACGUGGGCUUUGUCUCUUUGACUAAGCAACCACCCUGA